AUGGUUAGCCUUAGGUUCUCCAAGAUCAUCUUUGCUUCGGAUGCUGUUGAUUUGAUUGGUGCGGUUAUUAGGCCUCCGGAGUGGCCAUCUUAUCGUUACCAAUCUUCUGAGGUUAUUAGGGCUUUGAGGGAGGUGGAUACAUGGGAGUUGUUGUUGGAAGAUGUCUCCUCCAAUCAAGGUGCUCGACAAAUUGCUAAGAGUGUCACGGUACAGGAGCGUACUCAAUCAUAUGUUGCUCAAGGUGGACCUCGAUGGCUUAACGAUCUCUUUGAGGUUGAACAGAAGGUAGAAAGAUUAAAGCAAAUACAUGACAAAUUUGGAAAACGCACCAAGACGCGGCUAAAGAAGAGGAAAAGACGUAGGGAUCAAGUCUUCCACACUGUGCCAAAGGAUUUCACAGCACAGACGGGUGAUCCAACUGCCACGGGACUUGGGGGAGAUUCAAUCUACAAAUUUCUUCUGUAUGGUGAGCAGGCUCGGUUUUUUGGAGAUGAGAUUCAUCUCGAUUUAAAACAUUCCAAGACUGGCACUGUUGCUAUGGCCAGUGGUGGAGAAAAUCUCAAUGCUUUCGCAGAGGUCAAAGAUGACGUACGACUUGAAGAUGACUGGGUUCCAAUGGAUGAACAACUUGGUGCUCAGGAAUUGGAGGAGGUUAUCCGUGAAAAAGCUGCCCAUUCUAGUGCUGUUGUACUUGAAAGUAUAGGAGAUAUUCCAGAGGCCGAGUUCGUCUGCAAACUUAAUCCUGUGACUGAGAUGGACAAUGCUCUGAUCGAUGAUAGAAGAAUACAUGUGGAUUUGUAUCCAAACUUUGGUCAUAGUUCAGGCAGAAAGACUCACAGAAGGGUAAAGGGAAUGGAUGUUUCAAAUGUGGCUCGACGGACCAUGUUGCCAAGGACUGUGUGGGUGAACAGACAGCACGGGGGAGGUGAAGGCUAUGAUAUGGUCUUUGAGGGUGAUAUAGCUGCAAGUCCCAAGAGGGAGAAGAGAGAGCUUAGUCAUGACAAGGAGAAGAUUCGUAGGAGAAGUCCACAUGGUUAUGGUGAGAAAAUACUACACGGAGAUGAUCGUGAUUCGUGA